CAUUGAUUCAUAGCCAUCCUUUCGAGUCAGCCGAGCAAUUUCAUGCUUCAACGUGGCUUUCGCUAGUGACUGGAAAAUUCCGUUUCGCAUUAUGCGUUCUUAACAUAAAUAUGUUUCAGCGUUUAGGAAAGACCAUCAUCCUUCUUUUCGUUUUAGUUAACUUACAGUUAAACUUUGUUACGACAUUGUUGGAAGAACCCAAGCAAAAUACUCAAGAGAGUAUUGCCGACGCUUUACAAGCUUUUGGCCUUACGAAUUUUGUCUCACUACUAUGUAAAAGCCAACUGCUUGGCUUAUUUCAGGGAAUUGGUGACCAGUUCACAGUAUUCGCACCAACCAACGAUGCGUUACCUCAAAAUUGCCGCCAGUUACUGGAAACAAAUAUCACAAGUCUAGAGAAUUUGCUUCUGUAUCAGAUCAUUCCUACUGGUGGUUUCACAACAGGAAACCUAAUAAACAAUAUUCAACCUGCGAGAACUGCUAACUUCACGACUUUAGAGGGUUCGCGAUUACCAAUCCACUUAUUGCACAAUGGUUCUCUUCGCAUUGGAUAUAAUAACGUGUCCAUUCUACGAGCGAAUAUUGUUGCAUUCUCUUCUGUUGUACAAAUUACGAGUGGACUCACCUUACCGUCUUACCUUAUCAACAACAAGGACGUUUUGCAGACAUGUCCACGGACUGUUUCAAGUUGACACUGAAGAGAGUAUCCUUCCUAGUAAGAUUACAAGGCCGUUGACUGAGAACCUGCCAUAGACUCGUACGUAUCCAGCACGCUGUAGAUGAAAGGAGGGACCUUGUUUAGGGUCUUAAUGUCAUCUGCUGAGCAAGUAUUGGAUAUUUCUGGUAAACAUCGUUGCAAAUGCUCAAUAGCCAGUUCACACAUUUUACGUUCAGAAUGAGUUUCCCAAAAAUAAAGGUAGGUUUUCAAGGUCCAGUCUGACCGUUCGAAAACAAAUAUUUUUGAAACAUUCCAUCUGGAAAUCAAAUGAUGUACGAGUAGGCUUGGAUAUAUGCGGGAUAAAUAACUCAUUGAAUCCGGAUUCUCGGUAUAAUUUAAGAUUUGCUCCGUUUCGGAAAAUAAAAGCAUACGAAAAGAUCGAAGGCAGUCAUACACAUUCUGAUACCUAACUAUCCAUGUGGGGCACAAUGAAGACAAAAAACCUUCCAAAGUAGCGAGAUCGGAAAGUAGU